ACUUGACAUUCAAUAACUAGUUUUAAUGUUGACACAGGAAUAUACAACAGCAUGUUUAAACACAUUUUUUGAUUUGAAAUUGAUUGUUAAUUUAGCACGGUUGUAACUUCGCUUAUCAUUUUGAUAUCGUGUUAGAUGUCAGUGUUUAAUUGAUUCAAAUAUUGGUUUUCUUAAUAUCAGCUCAGUGCAAAAUAAUUUACUUCCUAGUAACAAACUAAACAGAAACCGACUUUUUGAACUAGUUUAUGGGUCAUUUUUAAUCCCAGGAGCGAAAAUGGCAUCUAAUUUUGAAUCAUCCAUUCAGAGGGGCUGUGACUUCAUACAUGAUUUUUCCUGCUUUCCUUGUGAAGAAAACGGAUAUAACACAGAAGCUCAACAUUAUUGUACUCAAUGCAAAACAUAUUACUGCAAAAACUGUGUUUCAAAACAUAACGUAUUAUAUCAGAAGCACGCGGUGCUCGGCCGGAAGGAUGUGAAGAAAUGGGAGGCAGCCCCAGGGGUUGUGGACGCCCUGGAGAGAUGCGGAAUGCAUCCCGGGGAGGCACUGAAGCUGGUAUGUGCUGACCAUGACCAGCUGUGUUGUCCUGUGUGCGUCGCCGUGGACCACAGACAAUGUUCCAAAAUCCAGCCCAUUCCAGAUGUAGCAAAAGGUAUUCAGAGAAAUAUUGAGUUUCAACGAAUUCCAAAGAAUAUAGCUGAACUAGAAAAGCAAUUCGAGCUGAUGAAAGAAGCAAGAAUGAAGAAUACGACAUCUCUGAAAAAGACGCGGGCAGCUAUUUCUGAUGAAAUUAAAAUCAUAAGGAAAAAGAUCAACGAAAUCCUUGACAAGAUUGAGAAAACAACUUUACAGGACUUGGACGAUAUUAUAGCUAAACUUGAAAACAACAUAAAGAAAGAUAUAAAAACUUGUGAUAAAAUGACUAUCGAACUGCAAAACAUGAUGGCCGCUUUUCAAACCAAAGCAAAAUCAAGCGAGUCAAAAUCAUAUAUUGCGUACAGAAAGAGCCAGGAUAUGGUUUCACGAGGAAGCGAUAAUCUUCGUAGCAUAACAGCUAUUGAGUGUUACAAUGUAACAUUUCAAUCCAAGAACCUUAUCGAAGAACUUUUAUCUUCAAUAAAGACCUUUGGAGCGAUUGAAGAACAAACUGUUAUGACCAUACAACGAAAAUAUCCGCUUUCAGAUCCAAACCACGUCUUCAGUGUUGCAGAGUAUAAGGAGUACAACGUGAAGAUGAGUGAUGACAAAUGUCAAUGUUAUAUCUAUGGCGUAUGUGAAUUGCCUAGUGGAGAGUUUGUCAUAGCAGACUUGAAUAAUUGUAAAGUUAAGCUCCUGGACAACGAGUACAGGGAGCUCGCCCACUGUGAUAUCCCGGAGAAAGCAUGGGGCGUGUGCCACAUUGACGGAGAUGAAGUGGCCGUUUGUGUUAGCCGUGAACUUCAUUUCAUUAAUGCUACGCAAGGGAAACUCGUUACUUCGAGAAAGUUAAGCUUCAACCAUUCAUGUUAUUCCGCAGUUCAUCAUGGUGGCCAGCUUUACAUCGCCUCAUGUAACGCACUGUACAUCUACACGAUGUCGGGACAGAAGGUGAAGAUGUUGUACGAGGACACGCCUGGGGGCACGAAAUUUGGCAAAUGUGCCAUCAGUAACGACGGGAAGACAAUCUACAUCACAAACUACAGUAAACAUCAACUGAUCACCCUAGACAACAACGGCAACAAGCUGGCCUUACUCACUGACACUGACAUGAAACAUCCUACCGGAGUACACGUGACACCUGCUGGACACGUGUUCCUCUGCUGCCGUUACUCCGGCAUUGUGCUGCAGGUUGACAAAGACGGGAAGAAGAAGUUGGCCACACUGGCAAGGAAAACAGACGGAGUGUACAAACCGGGUGAUUUAUUUUUCAGCAGCCGCUUUUCUUCUCUGAUUGUUGGUGGAGAAAUAAACACACUUUUUGUUAUCAAGUUAAUUUAA